AUGUGCUCUACUAUUUCAGAUUCUGAAAUUAUUAAUUGUAAUCGAGGCUUUUGGAUUUGUAAUGGGAAAGAUGAAGCAAGGAACAUUUGGGAUGCUGGAAAAUUGUUCGGGGUAACUUUUUCAGGGGAUGACAGGGAGAUUAUCACUUGUUUAAACUCGCGGGGUUUGGGCAGUGCCCUUAAGCAGAAGUUGGUGAAAAGUCUUCUUCUGCAGUACAAAGUGGAUUUGGUUUGUCUGCAAGAGACAAAGCUUCAAGAGGUAGAUCAAGGCUGUUGUAGAAGGAUUAGGGGCGAUGCAGAUUUUGAGUGGGAAUUUGUUCCGGCAGUUAAUAGAGGAGGGAGACUUCUGUGUCUAUGGAGGAAAGGCUUCAUUCAAGUUACAAGUUGUAUGCAGGGACAAAAUUUCAUUUGCAUGGCUGGUAGGAUUGUAGCAGAAAACCUGGAUUGUGUUUUCCUUAAUAUUUAUGCACCAUGUGAUAGAGGUGGAAAGAGGGCUCUAUGGGAUUCGUUGGUUGACCUCAAGGACAACAUCAAUUCUGAUUUCUGGUGUGCCUUAGGAGAUUUUAAUGCUGUGAGGUAUCCGGAAGAGAGAAAAGGAUCUGGGAAUCCGUCAAACACGCAAAGAAUGGAGUCUGCAGAAUUUAAUGAAUUCAUUGAAGGGAUGGAGAUGCUAGAUAUUCCAUUGACAGGGAGAAGAUUUACAUGGGUGCGGCCUAAUGGAUCACAGAUGAGUCGGCUGGACAUAAUUUUAGUUUCUCCUAGCUGGUUUGAUAAAUGGUCCAGAUUUGUUCAAGAGGUAAAGAAGAAGAAGGCAGCUGAUAUAUUAAAUGAAUUAGAAAAGAAGGCAGAAGUGUCUGAUCUUGGAGAGGAGGAACUGAAACAGCGAAGGGAAUAUGGCGCUGAAUUUUGGAAGUGUGCAAAACAGGCUGAGUCUUUGGCUUGUCAAAAGGCUAAAAUCAAGUGGGUGAAGGAGGGUGAUGCGAAUACCAAGUUCUUCCAUGCAAUGAUCAACUUCAGGAGGAAGACUAAUUCAUUGACUGGACUGAAUAGUAAUGGUGAAUGGUGCGAGGGUCCAAGGUCUGUAAAGAAAGAAGUUCUGAAUUUUUUUGCCCAGAAAUUCCGAACUGCAAACAAGAAAAUGCCUCUCUUAGAUGGAGUACCGUUGAACUGCACAGUCAUUGGAGGAAAAAUUUACAGUGGAAGAGCUUAA